GAGUUGGUAUAAUUAGGGGUUUCCAGGAAGAGAUCCUGGAAAACCUUUCUUUCCCACUGCAAACCGGGACCCUUUUCCGCAGAGGGUUUGUAGUGCGGUCGUGCGUUUUGUGAAGCAGUAGUGUGUAGUGAUUAACCGGAGGGGGAGGAUGGAAAUCAGCAAGAAAAAUGCAUUUUUCGAAAAGCUCAAGCUAAACGUGACCGACUCCUUCGAUCGACUGCGGAAAGCGGUCGAUAUGCGGGAGAAGCUCCUGCUGAGGCAGCUGACGGUGCUCGUCCAGCAGGCGCAGCAUAUCACGCACGAGUUCGAUAGCAUCCGGUUUAGCGGCGAUGGCGAGGAGGAUCUGAUCGGGCGCAUCAGAGCGUACGGACGGUACAAUACGGAGAACCUAAACAUUAUGCUCCAGAAGGAACCGUACGAGAACGAGGACUACAUACUGCCCUCGAACGAUCACGAUAUUAUGCACAAAAGCUGCCGCCAGGGAGCGGACGAUGAGCGGGAUCCGGAGAGCGAGGAGAUCGUGGUGGAGUUUUUCAACAAUCGCUCGCUGAUCCGAGAAGGCGCCGAAAUGUUGUGCGAAUCGAUCAUCAACCUUACGCUGAACGAAAGCCGUGAGCUCAUCGAUCGAACGAUUGGUGGUGGCUGUGGUGUGAAACUAACAACAGAUUUGGUGUCGGGGGAAGAAGAAGGUGUGAGGCUGGAAGAGCACGAUUUGUCGGAAGUGCGCACGUGUAAAAUUGAUCCAACAGCCUACCGGCUGCCCCAUCGUAACCACCGGAGAAGCUCCCUGUCGGGGGUGGCUUUGCGUGAUGAGGCAAACGGUGGUGAUUGGGUCCCAUUCCAGGGUGAGCUGCACAACAUUGUCCAGGAGCUCGGAGCGGAGGGCGAUGAUGAUGGCUGCAACAACAAUCGUAAACCGGGUAGCGGUAACGUUGGCAACCAACAGCAGCACCCGUUGGUCGCGACAAAGACGCGCAGUACCUCGCGUGAUGGAGACAAAUUGGUUUCACAUUCCUUUCCCACACCCCACCGUAUGAUUCCAAAAGCAUCGCAAACGGACGGUCUACUAAUUGCGACCACCGACUCCGAAGGAAAUCUAACACCAUGCAAAGCGGCCACAGACAAACGGGUGCACAAUGUUGGCCACCUAACGAUGGGUGGUUGCGGCAGUACGAUCAAUUUGAAAAACGUAACCAAUCUGACGAUAAACGCUUGCCCGGAACGAAUGCCAGCACCGACAGUGACGAAAACGGUGGAGCGAGCUUCCGCUACCGAAGGGGCGGGAAAUACGGUUCCUUCCGAGGAAGGAAGUCCGGUGUGCGGGUUCUACAAGCGGCUUAUUACGGAAAACAAGAUCCUCCGGAAUCACAUUUUCAACGCAAAAGAAACCACCGAUCCAGUGAACAUUGCGAACCAACCAACGGUGGACGCGGACAGUUCCUCUGCAUCGGCCAAAACUUCUUCUCAGGAUUCUCUGUACGAAUUGUACUAUGAAGUGCUACGGUCUGUGGCGGAAGAAAAGGCAGAGAUGAAACGGAAAAUAGCCGAAAAGAAUCAUCCGAGCCUAGGGAUGAUGAUGAGAGACAUGUACGAUCGACUGAUUGAGCAAGCGAAAGCGAACGGAGCCAAUCCGUUGGUAAAGAAGGAGAAAACGGAGGAAGAGGCGGAAACGGAUGCGACACACAUUCAACAGUGGCUAGAACAGAUCUUUACGGAACCGGAGACAGAACCAAUCCAAAACGAUGAUAUGCUGGAGUUUAGUAAAAUUGAUUAAACACCAAGGGCUCCGUGGGCGACAAAUCAUUCACCAUCAUCUGUGAUUAUUUCCAUUUGGUUUAUGUUCCCAGACUUGCCGCAGGGUGUGUAGACGCUGCUUAGCAAAACGAUUUGCUCAACAUACUUCCUUUCCUACGACAGUCACAGUUAAUGCAUCGCAGGAGGCAGUGAUAUUGGUUGAAAACCAUCCACAAACAUUAUUUUUUUGUCGAACGUAUCCUCGCCCUGGCAACGGUGAGCCCUUAACAUGAUGCUCUUUUUUCUUUCGUAGAUUCUUGUCGGUUCGGCCGGAUACUUCUCAAAUCCUUGUUAUAGAUAAGCAGUAAUAACUAAGUGCUUGAUGCAUUUUUCAGCCAGCGUAUUGCUAAUUCAAAUGCUUUUAAGUGCAGUGUGAAGGCUUAUAACAUUAACAGCCAUCGAUUUAUUACAAAAUAGAAAAGUGCAGAUCUCUGUGCCAUUCUGGAUUACUGAAGCUGGACAAACGGAAUAAGUAGAAAUAUGACAAUUUGUACGAGCAAACAGCAGCUGCUGCUAACUAUCCAUUCAAACGUGACCAUCGAUAUAUGUCCAUCGUUUUCUCAACGCUACGAUUUUUAAUAACAUUUGAACUUGUAGCUAGAUAUUGAAGAGAAUCAUGAUGUGAAGCCGCAGCGUGUAUCUCGGGGAGUCAUUUAAUCGAUGUACUGAGUGUGUGCGUGAUUCACACUUUCCAUUGUAACGGUAUAACAAUAAGCUUCUUAAACAGUGUGUAAUCUCGGUUUCUAAUCACGCGCACUCGAAGCCGCUAGCUAAGAACAAAAAUGCAACAGAAGUACAUUAAAGACAAGGUUACGAAUGUAAGAAUCCACUUUAAACUAGGCUACUUCGCCGCCCAGGUUGGUCUCAGGAGAAGAGUUUUGUGUCCGUGUGUGUGUACUUAUGGGAAAUGAAAUAAAGAUA